AUGACGCAGGACAACGACGAGGACGCAGGACGCAGGACGAUGACGCAGGACAACGACGAGGACGCAGGACGCAGGACGAUGACGACGAGGACGCAGGACGACGACGAGGACGCAGGAACAGGGCGAGGACGCAGGACGAGGACACAGGACGCAGGACGAGGACGCAGAACACAGGACGACGACGAGGACGAGGACGAGGACACAGGACGCAGGACGAGGACGCAGAACACAGGACGACGACGAGGACGCAGGGAGCAGGACGAGGACGCAGGUCGCAAGACGAGGACGAGGACGAUGACGCAGGACGCAAGACGAGGACGCAGGACGCAAGACGAGGACGAGGACGAGGACGCAGGACGCAGGACAAAGAUGCAAAACGAGGACGCAGGACGACGACCCCAGGACGAAGACGCAAGAAGAGGACGCAGGACGACGACCCCAGGACGAAGACACAAGAAGAAGACGCAGGACGACGACUCCAGGACGAGGACGCAAGAAGAGGACGCAGGACGACGACCCAAUGACGAAGACGCAAGAAGAGGACGCAGGACGACGACCCCAGGACGAGGACGCAAGAAGAGGACGCAGGACGACGACCCCAGGACGAGGACGCAAGAAGAGGACGCAGGACGACGACCCCAGGACAAGGACGCAAGAAGAGGACGCAGGACGACGACCCCAGGACGAGGACGCAAGAAGAGGACGCAGGACGACGACCCCAGGACGAAGACGCAAGAAGAGGACGCAGGACGACGACCCCAGGACGAGGACGCAAGAAGAGGACGCAGGACGACGACCCCAGGACGAGGACGCAAGAAGAGGACGCAGGACGACGACCCCAGGACGAAGACGCAAGAAGAGGACAGGACGCAGGACGACGACCCCAGGACGAGGACGCAAGAAGAGGACGCAGGACGACGACCCCAGGACGAGGACGCAAGAAGAGGACGCAGGACGACGACCCCAGGACGAGGACGCAAGAGGAGGACGCAGGACGACGACCCCAGGACGAGGACGCAAGAAGAGGACGCAGGACGACGACCCCAGGACGAGGACAAGAGGACGCAGGACGACGACCCCAGGACGAAGAUGCAAGAAGAGGACGCAGGACGAGGACGCAGGACUACGACCCCAGGACGAAGACACAAGAAGAAGACGCAGGACGACGACCCCAGGACGAGGACACAAGAAGAGGACGCAGGACGACGACCCCAGGACGAUGAUGCAAGAAGAGGACGCAGGACGAGGACGCAGGACGACGACCCCAGGACGAGGACGCAAGAAGAGGACGCAGGACGACGACGAGGACGCAGGAACAGGGCGAGGACGCAGGACGACGACCCCAGGACGAAGACGCAAGAAGAAGACGCAGGACGACGACUACGGUGA